CAGCGGGUGCUGGCAGCUGGUCGUUCUGUAAACCGCUCCGGCAGGAGGCUGUGUCGCUCACUGCGCCUGACGUUUUCAUUUGCAUCAGUCUUUUCUAUCGGGCUUUCAGAACUAACCCGAGCAGACGGUAGUUCCGCUUACCACAAAAAACGUAGGCUACAGUACUUGUGAUUUAGGGGAAACUGGAAAAGGUGCAAGUACCGGUGUGUGUGAAGUUUGUGUAGCCUAGUUGGCCGACUUUUGGAGGGGCACGAAGAGGUUAUGCUGUCUCUGCGUUGUUUUAACAGCUGUGAAGACCGUCGUCAGUGAUGUGAACUAUCAGUGCUUCAUCUCUCAUCAAAGCCAUUUCCUCUCACCCUCGGCAAGCACUGUAUUGUGCUUUCACAAAAAUGAAAUAAGAUCAUCUUACCGGAGCACAGAAUCAGUAUUGUGAAGAUAAACACCAGUUCAGGGCUGAUAGUAAGGAUGUGAUAAGUCCCAACUAUCUCAAUCCACCCCCCCUCCACCUGCCCACUAAAGCCAUUCACACUGACACACACACACCGCGUCCCGUCCACCAUGACCCAGUCUCCGGACCGAGACGGGCCGCUGCUGCAGCUCCAGAAAGUGGACUCCAGCCAGGCUGGCGCCCGCGAGCUCUCCCCCAUUUUCAGUGGCCCGCCCCCAGCUGCCUUGCCCUCACUGGACAGCCAGCCCAUCUGUAUCCUGUCGCCCUACACGGAGCUGGGCCACGACUUUGGCGAGCCGCCCUUCUACGGCUCUGGCCUCGUGGGCUACGGCGGGCCUUCCAUCGCCGACUGCCCGCCCAUGCGCCAGUCGCUCAGCCCCACGCUCUUCUGGUCGCCGUCCACGCACCACGGACACGUGUCCCCGCUGCCCGUGCACCGGCCGCAGUCCCGUCUCGGACAGCACGGAGGGCCAACCCAUGGGGCCUGGGCAGAGCUUACAGAGGAGAACCGGAAGCCGGUGGGAAAGCGAGGGCUCUGCGAGGCCCGGGCUCAGGCCGGAGGCAAGGCCGACAUGCACUUCUGCGCCGUUUGUAGCGACUACGCCUCAGGCUACCACUAUGGCGUCUGGUCCUGCGAGGGCUGCAAGGCCUUCUUCAAGAGGAGUAUCCAAGGCCACAAUGAUUACAUCUGCCCGGCAACCAACCAGUGCACCAUCGACAAGAACCGCCGCAAGAGCUGCCAAGCCUGUCGCCUGCGCAAGUGUUACGAAGUGGGAAUGAUGAAGUGUGGGAUGCGGCGGGAUCGUAGCACCUACAACCGCUGCUCCAGUGGACAGCCGCGGAGGAUGCCUCGCUUGGUCACCCGGCCCAGUAGCAACGGGCAGAGGCGGGAGGUGGCAGCGGAGGAGAACGAAGGUCUGCACCAGACAGCGGCGAUGCCGGCCGCGAGGGAUCGUUCGGACGGGACACUGACUCCAGAGCAGCUGAUUGCGCGCAUCCUGGAGGCGGAACCACCGGACAUCUACCUGAUGAAGGACAUGAAGAAGCCUUUCACCGAGGCCAACGUCAUGAUGAGCCUCACCAACCUUGCUGACAAAGAGCUCGUGCACAUGAUCAGCUGGGCCAAAAAGAUACCAGGCUUUGUGGAGCUGGGUCUGCUGGAUCAGGUGCACCUGUUGGAGUGCUGCUGGCUGGAGGUGCUCAUGCUGGGCCUGAUGUGGAGGUCUGUGGACCAGCCUGGGAAGCUCAUCUUCUCCCCUGACCUCGUCCUCACCAGGGAUGAUAGCAGCUGUGUGCAGGGGUUCAUGGAGAUCUUUGACAUGCUGCUGGCAGCUACGGCCCGCUUCAGGGAACUCAGACUGCAGAAGGAGGAGUAUGUCUGCCUCAAGGCCAUGAUCCUCCUCAACUCCAACAUGUGCCUGAGUGCAUCCGACGGUGGUGACGGCGAGGAGUUCCAGAGCCACUCCAAGCUGCUGCAGCUUCUGGACGGCGUGACGGACGCGCUAGUGUGGGCCAUUGCCAAGGGAGGGGGCAGCUUUCAACAGCAGUCCACCCGCCUGGCCCACCUACUCAUGCUGCUGUCGCAUAUACGACACCUCAGUAACAAAGGCAUGGACCAUCUGCACUGUAUGAAGAUGAAGAAGAUGGUGCCGGUCUACGACCUGCUCCUCGAGAUGCUGGAUGCGCACGUCAUGCACAGCUCACGGCUGCCCGUCCCCCUGGCCCAGGACCCCCCCGCACCUCUGACCAGGAAUCCCAUCAGGCCCCCGGGCCCACUCUCCUGCCCCAGGACACACUGGCCCCACCCAGGGGUGGGCGACUACAGAGACCCCUCAGAGUUUGCCUUGAAGACAGACCUGUCCUAGAGCACAGAUGGACUGAGAGCUUCAGAAGAUAGCUAGCGAGAUGAGGGACAGUGCCGCUGACCGCCGUGUGCCGUAUGUACAGUGAAGUUCUGCCUGAAUAAUGUGCCAAAAAGGUUUUGACCUUUGACACUGGACUGAUGACUUUUGAAACUACACUCUGUAUGAAAUCUCAGGGAACUGGAGAUUGGAGAGAGAUUCCUUCUGGGAGGGUUU